CGAGGCAGUCGUAUUCCUAGCUGCGUGCUGCGAAGUUCACUAGAACAAUGGAGAUCUCAACACUUGUUUUCCUGAUUUUUGUUGUCCUAGGUGUCAGCGACGUACAGGCUGCUCGCAGUGGUCCAACCUUGGCUGAUCGAGUGGCAGUGAUAGAGGAGGAGAUGAAAACAUGGAAAUUUGUAACUGUUCAAGCUAAGAACAAGAGGAGUACCUUGGCUAGACGGAUGAGACUGGUGUUAGCUGAAGUUGGCAGCCUGAAAUACAGUUUACAAAACACCAAGACGCAACUGAAAGUAAUAACUCAAGAGCUGAAACAUGUUCGACAGGAAAAAGACACGUACAGCGAGAGUGUUGGAAAACUACGCGACGAGAUGAAUAAGACGGCAGCUGAUCUGCGUGAUGCCAGGAUGCUGAUAUCUGAACUGAAUCAAACCAAACAAGAUCUUUUUUGCCACAAAACAACAGAUCACAGGUCUUACCAAGGACUUGAUGACACUGAAUUUGAGUUGUUGUGUGGUGAGGGAUGAGGCUAAAGAGACUGAUGGUAAUGAGAGUUCGAUGACAACAUCGUCAUUGUCGCAGGUGUCACUCACGACAUCGACCACGACGUAUCCUGGAACUACUGCAGCCUCGACUGGCCCGACCCAGAACAACACGGUUCCACCAUCGCCAGUGACAACACAAGACUCUGAUCUACAGGCCUCGACCACCGACGUGAGUGAUGAUCUGACACCGAGCAAGACGGUUCCACCAGCGCCAGUGACGACACAAGACUCCCACGCGACUCCAUCACCAGCAGCAGGCCGCCGCCUCUACUCCGCCAGCAAAGACGGUGACCUGGAGACAGUGAAGCGGAUCCUGGCAGCGGGUCACGUGGACAUCAACACGAGAGGAUUCUACAGCCUGACACCGGUGAUGGAGGCAGCAUAUAGAGGACACAGCGAUGUGGUGGAGUUCCUGGUGGGUAGAGGGGCUGAUGUGUCGCUGGUGAACAGUGACGGUAACAACGUCCUUCACUUGGCCUGUGGUGGUGGAGACCUGGAGACGGUGAAGCUGAUCGUGUCCAGGAAGCUGGUGGACGUCAACAGUAGAGGAUGGAACAGCAUGACACCGGUGAUGAGGGCAGCACGGUGGGGACGCAGUGAUGUGGUGGAGUUCCUGGUGGGUAGAGGGGCUGAUGUGUCGCUGGUGGACAGUACCAGUAACAACGUCCUUUACUACGCCUGUAUUGGUGGAGACCUGGAGACGGUGAAGCUGAUCGUGUCCUGGAACGUGCUGGACAUCAACAGUAGAGGAGACUACAGCAGGACACCGGUGAUGAAGGCAGCACGGAAUGGACACAGCGAUGUGGUGGAGUUCCUGGUGGGUAGAGGGGCUGAUGUGUCGCUGGUGGACAGGUUCGGUGACAACGUACUUCACUCGGCCUGUAUUGGUGGAGACCUGGAGACGGUGAAGCUGAUCGUGUCACACAAAGUGGUGGACGUCAACGCCAGGAACAACAACGGGGAGACAGCGGUCUACCUGGCGAGACUCCUGGGACAUCAGCGAGUGGUGGAGUACCUGGUGUCACGUGGUGGACACUGAAGUCGGUGUCGGUGUGGUAGGAGACGGGGCACAUGCCGUUGCUGACACUGACGUGUUCACGAUUUUCUUCCUGAAUAUAAAUAAAACUUGAUGAAAGUA